CCAGCGGAGCUGAGACCACCUGACCACCGGGUGCAGCAGGAAGACCCACCACGUUCCUCCCUGCGAACUGCAAGACCGGCUCUUAUAUGAAGACUUUGCGCAGACAGUAAUGAGCGCACGUUUCCGAUUGCCUGCUGGCAAAACCUACAAUGUACGUGCGUCGGAGCAGGCCCGAGACAGGCAGAGCACAGAGGUUGUGUGUAAUAUCCUUCUGCUGGAUAACACUGUGCAAGCUUUCCGUGUCAGUAAACACGAGCACGGCCAAGCUCUGCUAGAUCUGGUCUUCAGGUUUCUCGAUCUCACCGAGAGGGACUAUUUUGGAUUGCAGUUGGCUGACGAUUCCUCGGAGAACCCUAGGUGGCUGGACCCAACCAAGCUAAUCAGAAAGCAGCUAAAAAGGGGGUCUCCGCACGGCCUGAAUUUCAGGGUGAAGUUCUUUGUCGCCGACUCCAGCAAGCUGCAGGAGGAAUACACCAGGUACCUUUAUUUUCUGCAGAAUAAACAGGACGUUCUCACUGGGAGGUUGCCCUGCCCUUACAGUACUGCCACCCUGCUGGCUUCUUACGCAGUUCAAUCUGAGCUGGGAGAUUACAGCCACUCGGAGCACCUCCCUGGUUACCUCGCUGAUUUCUCUUUUAUCCCUAACCAACCUCUGGACUUCGAGAAGGAGAUCGCCAAACUGCAUCAGCAGCACAGGGGCCUGACUCCUGCAGAAGCUGAAUUUAGUUUUCUGAACACCGCUCGCACUUUGGAGCUGUACGGCGUGGAGCUGCACUACGCUCGGGAUCAGAGUAACAAUGAGAUCCUGAUCGGAGUGAUGUCAGGAGGGAUUGUGAUCUAUAAAAACCGGGUACGAAUCAAUACCUUCCCAUGGUUGAAGAUUGUCAAAAUUUCUUUUAAGUGCAAACAGUUCUUCAUUCAGCUGAGAAAGGAACUGAAUGAAUAUCGGGAGACGGUGCUGGGCUUUAACAUGGUGAAUUAUCGCGCCUGUAAGAACGUGUGGAAAACGUGCGUAGAGCAUCAUACCUUCUUCCGGUUAGACUCGCCACUGCCGCCACACAAGAACUUCUUCGCUCAUUACUUCACUCUGGGCUCCAGGUUCCGGUACUGCGGGCGGACGGAGGUGCAGUCUGUGCAGUAUGGGAAGGAGAAGGCCAAUAAGGAUCGGGUUUUUGCGAGAUCUCCCAGUAAGCCUCUGACACGGAAACUGGUCAGCGAUAUGGACUGGGAAGUGACGAGCAGAAAUUCUCUGUCUACCGACAGACUGGAGACUCAGAGCCUCCCCUCCAGGUCUCCGCCGGGGACACCCAAUCCCCGAAAUUCGACAUUCAAUCAUGAGGGGACCCGUCUGCGCCCGUCCUCUGUAGGGCACCUGGUAGAUCAUGUGGUCCACGCGUCUCCUGGGAAAGUCUUCGCAAACCACAGAUCUCCGUCCUCUACUCAGGCCAACAGCAUAAUCCUGGACUCUCCCCAAUCACCAGACACGUCUCUGGAGGCUCCUCCCCCCGCGCUGCCACCGAAACAAUCCAAGAAGAACAGUCUGAGCCAAAUCUACCAAUCGCAGCCGGAGCUGGAGAACCACGUCGGCGAGAACUACGACCCUCUGUGGUCCCCGGAGAAGAGCACGCCCAAUGGUCUCGUCCCCCAUGACAAUCUUGUGCUGAUUAGAAUGCGGCCAGAUGACAGCGGACGCUUCGGGUUCAACGUAAAGGGUGGAUUUGAUCAGAAGAUGCCGGUCAUUGUAUCCCGGGUGGCCCCAGGGACAUCGGCUGACCUGUGCGUCCCGCGUCUGAAUGAAGGAGAUCAGGUUGUACUGAUCAACGGACGGGACAUUUCCGAGCAUACGCACGACCAGGUGGUCAUGUUCAUCAAGGCGAGCUGCGAGAGGCACUCGGGAGAGCUCGUCCUGCUGGUCCGACCCAACGCGGUUUACGAUAUCGUAGAAGAGAGGAUGGAAAACGAGCCGGACUUCCAGUACAUCCCGGAGAAGACGCCCAGAGACAGCAUUCACUCCGAGGACGAUGCCCUGAGGGAGUCCAUGAUCCAGCUGGCUGAGGGUCUGCUCAAUGGGAACGUCCUGGCUCAAUUUGAUCAAUUGUACAGGAGGAAGCCGGGGAUGACCAUGUCAUGUGCCAAAUUACCUCAGAACGUCUGUAAGAACCGAUACAGAGACAUUUCGCCUUAUGAUGCUACUCGAGUCAUAUUACUUGGUGGGGACGAUUACAUCAAUGCAAAUUAUAUUAACAUGGAAAUCACUUCUUCCAGCAUAAUAAACCGCUACAUUGCAUGCCAGGGCCCCCUGCCCAGCACCUGUCCGGACUUCUGGCAAAUGACGUGGGAGCAGGGCUCGUCCAUGGUGGUGAUGCUGACAACACAGGUGGAGCGUGGAAGGGUGAAGUGCCACCAGUACUGGCCGGAGCCCAUAGGGAGCUCCGAAUUUGGCAAUUUCCAAAUUUCCUGCCACUCAGAAGUAGGAAACCCCAGCUUUACCCAUUGAUCAUUUUGUGUUUCUCUGAUCCAGAAAAACGAGAGCCGUCCUCUGACGCAGAUCCAGUACACGGCCUGGCCGGAUCACGGCGUCCCGGACGAUUCCAGCGACUUCCUGGACUUUGUGUGCCUUGUACGGCAGAAGAGGGCCGACCACGACGAGCCGGUGGUGGUUCACUGCAGUGCUGGGAUUGGUCGGACAGGCGUUCUUAUCACCAUGGAGACGGCAAUGUGUUUGAUGGAGUGUAACCAGGCCGUGUACCCACUAGACAUCGUACGAACGAUGAGAGACCAGCGGGCCAUGAUGAUUCAGACUCCGAGCCAGUACCGCUUCGUGUGCGAAGCCAUCUUGAAGGUAUAUGAAGAAGGGAUCGUAACGUUUCCGAAAACAUCACACCAUUAACGGAGGAUGACCCAUGAGAAGGAAGACGCGCGUUCCUCCCCCAGCCGGGAUCGAAGAGUCCUCGCCCGCUCGUCCUGCCCCAGUGCACGGCGAUCAAGGCAAGGAGACCCGGGAAGGACUUGGAAUAAUUCAGCACUGUUGCACUUUAUGUUAAACAGAAAAUAAUGGAACUUCUGAAAGUCGACAUUUCUCUUUUGCUUUGGAAGAACUUUGUUUUUAUCUUUUUUAUUUUGAAGAAACCUUUCAUCGAAA